AUGGAUCUCCUGAAGCAAGAACUCCUCAAGAAACGCCAAACCCUAGCCCAAGAUACCGGCGGAAAGAAAUUCUUCAAGCGAUCUGAAAUCAAACAAAAGGAAAUCCAAAAACUCCGCGAACAAGAAAAACGCGAACUCGAAGCCAAAUCCCAACGCCAAUCCUCCUCAUCCUCCAUCACCUCUUCCAACUCCACCACUACGCCUAACUCCACCACCGCAGCCUCCACCACCACCACCACAACCAACAAUUCUGCUUCUACCGCCACCACAUCCAAAUCCCUAACCCACGAACAAAACAUUGACAGCCUCGCACUCCCCAAACAAGAAGUAAUUCGCCGCCUCAGAUUCCUCAAACAACCAAUUACUCUUUUUGGUGAAGACGACGAUGCUCGCCUUGACCGGUUAAAGUAUGUUCUAAAAGCUGGACUUUUUGAGGUUGAUAGUGAUAUGACCGAGGGGCAGACCAAUGAUUUCUUGCGCGAUAUUGUGGAGUUGAGGAAGAGGCAGAAGAGUGGGAUUAUGAGUGGGAGGAAGAGGAAGGAUAGAGAGGAUGGAGGAGGCGGAGAGGAUGGAGAGGGAGGGGAAGUGGAUGGAGAGCUUGGUGGUGAGGGUGCCGCUGGUGGGGGUGAUAAUGAUUUGGAUGUGAAGCGAAUGAAGGCUAAUUUUGAGGAAUUGUGUGAAGAGGAUAAGAUUUUGGUGUUUUUUAAGAGGUUGUUGAAUGAGUGGAAUCAGGAAUUGGAUGAUAAGCCUGAUGCAGAGAAAAGGACGGCAAAAGGGAAGUCAAUGGUGGCAACUUUCAAGCAGUGUGCUAGGUAUCUGAAUCCGUUGUUCGGUUUUUGUAGGAAGAAGGUUCUUCCAAGUGACAUACGCCAAGGAUUGCUACUGAUGGUCGAGUGCUGCAUGAAGCGAGACUACUUAGCUGCAAUGGAUCAUUAUAUUAAACUGGCAAUUGGAAAUGCACCCUGGCCAAUCGGUGUUACUAUGGUUGGUAUCCACGAACGUUCAGCUCGCGAGAAGAUUUACACCAACAGUGUCGCCCACAUUAUGAAUGAUGAAACCACUCGCAAAUACUUGCAGUCAGUCAAGAGAUUAAUGACCUUUUGCCAACGACGGUACCCAACCAUGCCCUCUAAAGCCGUGGAGUUUAACAGCCUGGCAAAUGGCAGUGAUUUACAGUCUUUGUUGGCAGAAGAGACGAUUUUCGAUGGUAAUCAGUCUUCAGAAGGAAGACUUCGGCUGAUGCCUGCUCCGGAUGAGAAUUAG